UUAAAUGUUUUAUUUAUUAUAAUAAUGUAUAAAUAGUGAUACAAAAUUUAUCGAUAUGUAUGACUUAAAAGCUUGCACAGUGUGUUUGAAAAGUGAUGUAAAAAUCUUUAAUAUGAAUAUAGAUCAGUUAAGAAACGAAUAUAAUUUAGCAUCAGGUUUAAAGACUCAAAGCCGUAAUGGUUUACCCGAAUAUUUAUGUUAUCAGUGUGUUGCAUAUGUUAGAAAUUUUAAAAAGUUUCGUGAUAAAUGCCAACGCACGUAUUAUGCAUUGCAAGAAAUAUUAUAUAGAGAUAAAGAGAUAACCAAGUCAAUAAUUGCAGAAUUAGAUAGUACUGUACUAAAUAUUAAACCACCACUGUCAUAUCUUGCUCCAGACCACCUCAGAACAAGUUACGAAACUCUUAAAUUCAAAUGGGUUAAAAAGAAUAGAAUUGGUAUAAAACAUCAAGAUAAUAUACCUGUUAUACAAUACACAACAACAUCUGAUGAUUUUAGUUUUGAAAUGCCAAGAAAAAAACCUAAACUCUUAACAGAAUUGAUAGAGGAAUGUAUUAAAGAAGAAGACAACACAAUACCAAGCUAUGAGGAGCCAUUUGUACCUGAAAAUGUAGUGUCAGAGCCCGAGAAAAAUGAUGAGAGUGUCUUUGAUAACAAUUUUGAUGAUUGUGACGGAGAAGAUAAUGUUUAUGAUAAUAAUGAUGAACAGCCUAAAGUAAAUGAUCAAACUGAUGUAGAUGGAAUGAAUUUAGAGGAGGAAUAUGCAACUAUGGUGCCCAUAUCAAUGAAGGAGGCUAAAGCUGUUGUUGAUGUUUACAAAAUGUUCGCACACGGCAAGUAUCAGUGUGAAGUGUGUAAGAAGGCAUAUUAUAAUGAAAAUCGACUGACAGCACACAUGAGAAUGCAUGAUAUGCAUACAAGUGGAACAUUCUUCUGUGCAUUGUGCAGCUAUUAUUACAGAACUGAUUUUCUUCUAAAAACCCAUAUGACUGAGAAACAUAUGUAUAAAUAUUUAUGUAAAAAGUGCCCUGAAGUUAGUUUUGACAGGACAUCAGCCAAACAACAUUUUAUCUGGAGUCACUUACAGAAAGGUUCAAAGAAGGACGCCAGCUGGUACGAGACCCAACCAACCGGGGUUCCUAAAGAUAGUAAAAAAAACAAAUUGUUUAUACGUCCUAUAAGAAAUACGAAGAAACUUCCUCAAGAUUUUCCAGUCUACUCUCCAAUAAGUCAGGAAGAACAAAACGCUUUAGUGAAAGACCGACAGAAGACGAAAAACUAUAUUGAUUCGCCGUAUAGAUGCGAAUUCUGUUUUAAGGGCUUUAGAGAAGUGGCGACGUUUGAAAAGCAUAUGAAGAAACAUGAUCCAGAAUGUUCCGGAAAACUCCAGUGUGAUGCAUGCAAAAUAUAUUGUCCGGACACAAGGAAGAUGUACAAGCAUAUGAACAUGAGCCAUUUGUUUAAGUAUUCUUGUCAAAUGUGCAGCUAUGUUUGCUUUAGCAGAGGUCAAGCUAAAAUGCACUAUAGAUGGCAUAAAAACGUAACGUACUCGUGUCCGCAUUGUAAAAAGGAAUUUUCUAAAGCAUCCACAAGACUGACUCACAUACGUAUAAAGCACCCUUCCAUGAACAUCUGCAACUUGUGUGGCCGCAGCUUUGUGAGCGUCACCGGCCUGUACUGUCAUAAGAAACUAGCGCACAGUAAAGAGGAGGUGGAGGAGCCCACAGUCGAAGUAGACACGUCUCACCCGCUGUACUGCGCCGAGUGCGGGAUUCAGUUCCGGAACGAGAUCGCCUUCGCGACGCACUUCGGCUCCUCCUACAAGCACGCCGAUACCAAUCUGUCCAUCAAGCCGGUGGGGGGCGCGGGGCGCGGGCGGCCGCGCGCGGCGCACAGCGGCGUCGUCAACACCGGCGUGCCCACCUCCUCCACCUGCGAGAUUUGCAAAAAGUACUUAUCCAACGACUCGCAAGCGCGGCGACACUACGACGCGGAGCACCCCGGCGCGCACUACCUCAAGCGGUACAUGUGCGACAUCUGCGGACACACCACCCGGCAAUACGCAAAUCUGACGGUACACAUGCGUACGCACACGUUGGAGAAGCCGUACGCGUGUCCGCACUGCGAGCGGCGCUUCAGCAUGCCCAGCAAUAGAGACCGCCAUCUAGUUGUGCACACCGGCGAGAAGCGCUACCAGUGCCAGCACUGCAACCGGCGCUUCACGCAGAGCAGCGCCGUGAAGCUGCACAUCCAGACGGUGCACCUGAAGAUCCCGUACGCGCCGUGGGACAAGAAGAACCGCAAGCGGCGCCGCGAGCCCGACCCCGCGCCCGCGCCCCCCGCGCCGCCCGCCGGGAACUACCUCAGCGCCUACAUCACCUACAACGAGUGAGCGACCGCGCUGCUGACGUCACUUACGUCGACCAUUGAGCGCACCGCGCUGCUGACGUCACUUACGUCGACCAUUGAGCGCACCGCGCUGCUGACGUCACUUACUUCGACCAUUGAGUGCACCGCGCUGGUGACGUCACUUACGUCGACCAUUGAGUGCACCGCGCUGGUGACGUCACUUACGUCGACCAUUGAGCGCACCGCGCUGGUGACGUCACUUACGUCGACCAUUGCGCGCCGGCGUGACUAGCGGGGAAGACUUCACACGAUACAACUGUUCUUUACAAAGGCAAGCUUAACAUUGUGACGUCACUUACGUCAACCUUUGAAGCGGCAUCAGUAUUAAUAUAAAAAAAUGCAGAUAUUUAAAAAAAAAAAAACAAUAAAAAUAGUUUCAAUGUAAAACUUUUAUACCUUUGUAUUUAUGAUGAAAAAGAAAUCGAGUGAUUUAGCUACAAUGUAGAUUAAUUAAUCAAAUACUAUAUUAUAAUGAAACGUUGUGAUACUUUUGUCAGAAUCGACGAUACCCAAUCGAAUUGUCCGGGCGGUAAAACAGUUGUAUAUAACACUGUUUCCGUUCUAUUUCUUGGGCUUGAAUAUCGUAAUAUAUUAUAAAAUAAAUAAAAAUAAAAACAAUACGUUUGAAAAUAAUCUCAUUUAUAGUAGGUUGUGCAUAUGUACUUAUUUAUGUUUGAAUAAGUCUCACACAGUGACCAUUUCCCUGGUUCUGACUUAUAAAACAUAAAAUUGCAAAAAUAAUGAUUUUUUAUAUAAUUUAGUGUUAGGCAUGUAUAAAUUAAUUAUUCUGUAUAUAAUGUCAUAAUAAUGGUAUACUUAAUGGAAAUGUAAAUAGAUAUGAAAUAUAUAAAGUGCUUAAUGACUUUUUAAGGCAAUAAACUUUAAAAUUAUUUACUAAGAAAAAUAUAUAAAUAAUACGAUAGCGGAGAGCUAAGUUUAAACUGAAGGUCACGGGUUCGAAUCCAUGCAAACACCGCUGAGUUUUCAUUUAUUAUUUACAUCAAUUUUGUUAUACAUUUAUGUUUAUAAUUUGCAUAUCCACCGACUCGAAAGGAAGUACCAUAGUAGACUUGACUCUUAAUUUUUAACAAAAUAGUUGGUUUUUGCCAGCAGAAGGACAUUUACAAUUACUUUACUUAAUAAUGAAAAUCAUGUAUCAUUUUAUUUUGGUCAGAAAUAUUUCUUCAAGUAUAUACCUAAGUGACUUAAUUGUGAUUAAAAAUGUAUUAAUAUAAUAGAAUGAGGAAUAAGUUAUAUUAAGUAAACUGUCUCAGGUUGUACUGACAUCACGUGUUCAACUCAAUCAGAUAUUAAUUUCCACUCAAUUUCAAACUAUUGUUCCUUUCGUAUUAAG